AUGGGGAAGACAAUAGAGUCUGACAAUGAAUAUGACCCAUCCUCUGACAUUGAUAACCAAUGUGACAGUGAUGAUGACUACGAUGAUGACCUAAAACAUGAGGAUAAUACUGAGAGCUCUAGGCAAAGCAAUGACAUCAAUGAUGCAAAUGACCAAGUUGAUGCCGAUUCAGAGGGUCAUACAAUUGAAGGAGAACCAGUUGGUGACUUUGUUCCUGCGCCCCGAAAGGAAGUCCGCAAGAAAACCAUAGGGCUUGGCUUAGAGAAGAUGAUAAAGAGAGGAAACAAGCUGCCUAUCCAAGUGGCUGAAGGGAAGAAAAGACCUGAUGUCCCACUUCAAGCAGCGAAGCUGGCAUCAGAAACUGGUGUAGCUCUUAGAGACAAGCUGCCUAUCUACACAUCUUGGAAGCUUUAUGAAAAAGAUGGGGGGCCAGUAGAAGUACAAAAAGUGCUUGAUAAAGUGGCGAAUAGGUUGGAUGUGGAUGUUAAGAAUGAUGGACCAAGCAAAUCUGCAUGCACUGAUAUCAUUAAGAAGGGAGUAAAGCAGCAGAGGUAUCACCUAAAAAGGAAGUACUUCGACGAGUCCCUCACAAUGGAACAGCUAUUGGCCAAAGAACCUCCACCUAAAAUGAAGACAGAGGAGUGGAUCGAGCUCGUAAAGUACUGGUGUGACCCAAAGAAUCAGGAGAAAUCUGCGAAGAAUAAAGUAAACCGAUCCAAGGUGCAGCUUCACCAAAAAACUGGUUCUAGGUCCUACAUAGCCUAUCGAUACAGCCUGAGGCCUAAGUACAACAACAGCGAUCCAGAUGCUGUAGAGUUCUUUGGGGAAUGUAUGAAAAGUUCCAAAAAUGGUCGCACUCCUCUUGCCAAUGAAAUAUAUGAACGGAUGGUGGCAGAGAAGGAUAGAGAGCCAGAAGAAGGAGAAGAAAAAAAAUCUCCCACCAAGAUUGUUGAUGAAACUCUUAGCGAGAUCAGCCGGUCAUCCACAUUUCUUCCUAACAUUGGUGCCCCUCGACCAUCAAAGAAUGCUCAGUCCUCAUCAACAGCAGCACAAGCACGCAUCCGAGCUGAGUUUGAGGCAACCCUCCAAGCUGAAAGAGAGGAAGCUGCUAGGAAGCGGGAAGAGUUGCAGGCACAACUUCAAGCUCAGCAGGACGCACUUGAAGAAAACCAAAACUUGCUGCGGCAGACCCAAGAGGAAGUGAGGGGGAUGACUAGCAGGUUUGAGGAGACUAAUGCGCUGCUGCGAGCUGUCCUGAGACUUCAGAAAGAUUGA